UUUGACCUUUCUAGUUUCAAGUUUGAAGUACGGGUGAAAUUGAAUUGUGAUUCGUGGAGGAGGAGACACUUUCAAGGAACGUUUCAACCAACGAAACUUCCCUCUUGUCUUUGUUGUCUUCACCCACCAAACACCAUAAGCCAAGCAACCCAAGGAAGGAACACUAGCAGAAACAGAGUCUUCCUUCUUCAUCAAUCAAUCCGCACAACACAAGGAACAAAGAGAAAGAAAGAAUGAGUUUCCAAGAUCUUGAGGCUGCUACUCCGCAGCAACAACGACAACCCAUUUACUCGAAUUCAAUUCAGAAGCAAAGACAACGAGCAGCAUAUCAAUAUCAAGAUCAAGAUCAAAGUCAAAAUCUUUACGAGCCUUCUCAGGCUGUGUCUGCUGGGAUUUUCCAAAUCAAUACCGCCGUCUCCUCCUUUUUCCGCCUAGUCAAUUCCCUCGGCACCCCUAGAGACACCCUUCAACUCCGUGACAAGCUGCAUAAGUCACGGGCGCAUAUUGGGGAGUUGGUGAAAGAUACUUCGGCCAAACUUAAGCAAGCCAGUGAAACUGAUCAGCAUGCCCAAGUUAGUGUUGUCAAGAAGAUUGCUGAUGCUAAGCUUGCAAAGGAUUUCCAGGCGGUUCUUAAAGAAUUUCAGAAGGCUCAGAGGCUUGCAGCUGAAAGGGAAACAACAUUUGCUCCUUUUGUUCCCAAAGACGUUCUGCCAACCAGUUAUCUUGCCCAUGAGCAGGAGAUGAGUUCAACUACGAGUUCCAAACAGCAAGCUCUUCUGCUAGAAUCAAGAAGACAAGAGGUUUUACUGGCGGACAAUGAGAUUGCAUUCAAUGAAGCUAUUAUUGAAGAAAGGGAGCAAGGGAUCCAAGAAAUUCAACAACAGAUCAGUGAGGUUAAUGAGAUUUUCAAAGAUCUAGCUGUCCUGGUCCAUGAUCAAGGAGCUAUAAUCGAUGAUAUUGGCUCUAACAUUGAGAACUCUCAUGCUGCAACUGCGCAAGCCACCUCCCAGCUUGUGAAAGCAUCUAAGAUCCAAAGAUCUAAUUCAUCUCUGACCUGUUUGCUGUUGGUGAUUUUUGGGAUCAUCCUGAUCAUUGUCAUUAUAGUUGUGGUCGCUUGAGCAGUGAUUUCUUGAUGCUCUCAAAGUAAUGAUCUUCUAAAUCGUUGGUGGUGUUUCCUUCCUACAACUUCCAACUUCAACUUGAACUUAAGCUUGACCUUUUGGUCUGAUUAUGUUACCAAAUGACUCACCACUCUAGGGCUCUUGAUGCGGCGGCCAUCAUCCUCGUAUGUAAAUAUGCACAGUUAGUAGUAUAUGUGGAAUCUGCAACGCUCCCUCUCUAAGGGACAUACAGAAAACAAAUGUAAUUUUUUUAUUUAUCAAAGUUUCGAAAUUCUUUGCA